AAAACAAGUGCGUGGAGCCAAGAAACAGGUCUGACCUCAGUUACUGGAACUAAGCAAGGUGUUGUUUUAAAGAGUGUCUAAAGUGUGGGUGGCCAAGACAACAUGAACACCACUGAACCAGGCUCCAACUUCACCUUUACGUCUCACAAAGAAAAUGCCACUCUGUCAACUCUGUCCAGCUUUACAACCACCACCAUCUCUCCCACCAUCCCACAGCCUCCAUCCUAUUCCUCAGACAUCCACGACCCAGAAUUCACUAUCAUGGUGGUGCUGGGCUUAUCACUGCUGCUGGCAGGGUUUGCAGCCUUCCUGGCAGUGUGCCGGCCCUCAGAACAGGAUGGGGACUCUGAGGCGAGCUGCAGCCCAGGGGAGAGCUUGACCCGUGGAAGAAGUCAGUCCAGUGAGCCACAGCUCAAGGUGUGGAAGAGGCUGGGCUCGUAUCGGCGCUCGUACAACAUCUCCUUCAGACGGCCGCCCCAUCGCAGGCCACAUGAGCGUGACAGCAUGCAUGCGUCCCACUCUCCAGCCCGACACACACCACAGCCAGAAGCCAGUGUGGAGCCCCAUCUCACUAUGCCUUGUUUAUUUGACUAUGUCACUGAAAUCUGACUCGAGGACAGAUGAGGGCUGACUGACUGCUCCACACAAGUGAUACACUGUACAUCUAAUGGCUGGUGCUAUGAACAUCGCUAAUAGGUGUCAGUGAAGAGUACAUAAAAAUAAUGUUUAGCGUUUGUUUUACAAUACUUUGAAUGCUAGGUGGAUGAGGUUUACAACAAAACAGGUCCUUUAAAAUUAGCCAAUCAAGAAGUCAUUGUAGUCGAAUUCACACAUUUAUGUGACUGAUCAUUUCAGCCUCUAUAGCAGGUUAACACUAUUAGACUGUUUUGAGUAAGAAUUUGAUGCAUUCUGUAUAGGAAUACAUUCUGACUUGAUUAAUUAAAAGCAAGGCACUGGUUCAAGCAAUGACUUCUACUUUCAAGGCUAAUCUUAAAACUAUUCCUCCAUCACGUUCAAAGUGUGGGUACAAAUAUCGUUCCUGUGCUUCACUCUGAUAACUGCUCAAGAAAACCCCAUCCAUCUGGUAAUUCCUCUGCAUUAAGACAAACAUAAGGAAUUAUUUUAUAGUAUGAUUUUAUACAGGUCUCACAACACAAUGGGUUACCAAUACUGUCAAGAUAACCUAAGCCAAAAAGAGAUCAUCCUCUGACUGAGUCUUUGUGUUUUGUGAUUGUUGUGUUAAGAAAUAA